AUGGCGGAAGAUCCAGCGCCUCCGCCUCAAGCAGCGACCAAUACUAAAUUCUACAUGAAAAAUGCCAUAUUCUCCAUGCUUUCUCUUUAUGUAGCGCAUCAAUUUGCCGGUUAUAUCUCGGAUCGCGAGGACCCCAUCGCUUGUGACCUGCAUGUGAAUGACCAUUCGUGGUUUGGUGAAAAACGUUACGAGUCACUGCGUUUCUUUGACCCUAAAAAGACCCAUCAUGAGACACAAUACGUGGCAAUGCGUGACGGUAUUGACUUGGCCGUCGAUACGUAUCUAGCUGAUUAUCUCUGGAACAAACAGGAGAAGGUACCCACUGUGCUCUUCCCGACACGUCACGGCCGCGGCUACACCCUCGAUUUUCCCUUUAAUCUUUUUACACGUUACGAGCGCAAAUUUACAAACCCACGGGUGAAUGCCUACGUGCAGAGGUUUGUUACGAAUGGAUAUGCGUGGGUCUCAGUGGACGUGCGGGGCACGGGCGUCUCGGCCGGCACGAAAGCUCACGACUUUGCCGACGCUGAAGUGCAAGAUGCCUACGACAUCAUUGAGUGGAUCACAAAGCAGCCUUGGAGCAAUGGAGAAGUUGCUGUCUUUGGUCAGGGACUCGAUGGAGUUGGCGCACUAUUGGUAGCGGCUAGUGGCCACCCGGCACUCAAGGCCGUAUCGGUCAAUAGUGCACCCAUUGAUGUAUUCCAGAACGCGCUGUUUCCUGGAGGUGUCAAAAAUGAGAAGGCGCUAAACGACUGGGCAUCGUUCACGCGUGCUACGGACUCCCAGGUCCGUUGGGAUCAAAUUCCGACGUUCAAGCCGCGACUUAUGCUGAAACACUUCGGCGGCAACGUCUACCGCGUGGACGACGACGACGCCAAGUUUGACAAUUAUAUUCACCAGCACACUAAGAACCCGGACUUAGCUCGAGAGCUUAAGAACGUGCACUUCCGUGACGACAAGCUGGCGUCGAGUGGUGUAACAGCUGAACAGCUGGAUGCUAUUCGCCACCUUGGCGCGAUUGCUGCUUCAGGGGUUGCGGUGCAGACGUCAGCUGGUUUCUUUGACAUGGGCGUGGCGCGCUCUAGCAUCUUGCUGUUCCAGUACCUGACCAAUACGCUAGACGCAGAUACGGCCUCACUACUCCCAGAGCUUCCCAAGAAAGCGCUCGAGGCUGUAGAGAAGGACGCCGCCCACUACCGUCUUACUUUGGGUCCAUGGAGUCACGCUGGUGUCGACAAUGCGGACCCUUUUGCCCAAUCGAAGCAAAAGUGCUUUUACCACUUGGACGAAGUGAGUCGAUUCUUUGACUACCAUAUGUAUGCUAAUCGCCGCAAGAUCACGAAGCUCGAGGAAGAGCUGCCUGUGCAUUACUUCACCAUAGCGCACAACCGCUGGAAGGAGUCGAAUACGUGGCCGCCGACUUACCUGAGCGACGAGACGUUCUACCUUGGCGCUAGUCAGAAAUUUCAGGCAGCCCCGGAGCGUGAGACAAGCGAAGUGACUCGUAACGUGACAGUGAAGCCUACGCUAGAUGCAGUUUCGCGCUGGAACAUGCUUGACCACUUGUUUGGUCUGCGCCCGUUUUACUACCACGACCGCACGCCGCUCGCUGACCAUUACACGACGUUUUUGACUCCGGAGCUGCCGCUGAUUGAAAUCACUGGCGAAGCGGAGCUUCGUUUAUUUUUUUCAGUAGACCAGCCUGAUGUUAAUCUUGUGGCCUAUCUCGAGGACGUCGACCACACUGCUCCGUUUCCAAACGAAAACAAGCGCUCGGGUACCACGUACAUUACGGAGGCGCUACUGAAUCCCGUGCAUAAGACAAUUCACCCGGACACACACGUCCACUCGUUUAAGCGUGCCGACUCGCGUGAGAUCGUGCCUGGUCAGGUGUACGAGGCUGUUUUCCGCUUCGAGUCGACGUCAUAUGUUGUCAAGCGUGACCACCAGAUCCGAGUGUCUGUGGGUAUUGCCAGUCCGCCUGACUUUGGUUUAGCUGGUGAGAAGGAAGCCACUACGCUUACUAUCUACUUUGGAGGCGUCUACCCGACCAAACUCACUCUACCGUUGUACACGGGUAUUUACAACGCCAAUGUUGUACCGCGUGCUAAGGGUGUGGACGACCUGGAAUCGAUUCCGACUGAAUCGAGCAAGAAGGCAUCGAAAGAAAAGGUUGUGGAAGAAUUUGCAGACGAAAUGGAGGUGAAGGACGAGCUAUAG